AUGGGACCGGUUGAGUUAAGUGACUGGGUUGUGGCAAUCUCUGCAGAGACGGGGCGGGCACUUAGAAUCCGACUCUUGAUCGUGGUCGCUAUCAUCACGUAUCCUUUCCUGUCUCUGCGCAUCUGCUGCGUCUACGUCAUCGUAUCCUUCGAGAUGCACUUGAUCGGGGAACCAUCCAAAGGUGCUCAUAUUGACUCUGAACUUGGCGUUCGGAUUCGCGUGGCCGAAAUCGAUGGUGACGCCCUCACCUCUACCGUGGAUGACGGUGACGCCUUCCUCUUGGAGUCGUUGCGCUUGGCGUGUUGCUGCGUGACCGCCGUCUCCGCGGUCGGCGAUGGCUCCGGACGACGAGAUGACUCGAUGCCAUGGGACGGAGGGGUCUUGGAGGAAUUUGAGGGCGGCGCCGACGAGACGCGAAUGGGAGGGGUGGCCGAUGAGGCGUGCGAUGUGGCCGUAGGAGGUUACGCGUCCGGGAGGGAUGAGGCGGGUGAUGUCGUAGACCUGAGCUGUGGGGUGUGCGGGUCACGGAUUGGGAAGAGAGGGGAUGAGAAUAGAUGA